AUAGAAGAUUUGAAAAUGUCAAGAAUGUCAAGAUGUAAAAAAACGGUCAAAUCAAAAUAGAAAACAUCUUGUUGUGGCGUGAUUGUGUGUGUGUGUUUAUGUUCCAUUUUAAUUUAAAACUUUAAUAAGACUUAAGUAAUUAUUUGUUGAAAGCCCUGAAAAAGAAUAUAAAAUGAGUAACUGGUCAUCGGUACUUAUUUCAGAUGACGAAGAAAUUUCACAAGAUAAUAAGGGAGUCACCAGAAUAAAAAGAGAAAGAAAAGCCAAAACCAAUUCUAAAAUUAAUACAAGUGUAUUGAUGAUUUCAGAUGAUGAUGAUGAUUAUCAGCCAAAUGGCAGCAAGGAAACAAAAAGAAUAAAAAAAGAAACUACAGCUAAAACCACUUCAAAAAGUGGUACAGAUAAAUUAAUGGAUAUGAUUUCUGAUGAUGAUGAUGAUCAGCCAAAAGUCAAGGCAUCAAAUCGAAAGGCAUUGAAAAGCAAAAUCAAAAAUGAAGAUAAUGAUAAUCAGCCAAAAGUCAAGGCACCAAAUCGAACGGCAUUGAAAAGAAAAAUCAAAAAUGAAGAAUAUGAUUUGAAACCUAACUUAUCAACAGAUGCUAACAAACCAAAGAUUAAGAAACCCAAGACUGAGUAUGCUACAACCAGUAAAGAUGAUGAUGCGGAUUCCAAAACUUUUUGGAAAGAUCAUGAUUUGCUAUCAGAAAGUAUGAAUUUAAACAAGAAUGUUGCUAAAAAUGUUAUAAAGCUUCUUUUAGAUGGAAAUACUAUUCCAUUUAUUGCUAGGUAUCGAAGAGAAGCCACAGAAAAUAUGUCACCUGAGGUUCUGAGAGAAGUUAAAAGUGCUUUUGAAGAUAUCUGUGAGUUAAAACAAAAAAUUACUACUGUCGUUUCUGCGUUGCAAAAAAGUGAAAAUUUGACGGAAAAUCUUGAAAGGGCAGUUAAAUCAGUCAAAAGUUUAGAAGAAUUAGAAAUUAUUUACGCACCAUUUAAGCCAGAAGGAAAAAGAUCUCUAGCAGAAAGAGCAAAAGCAAUUGGCUUAGAGCAACCAGCAAUUGAUUUAUUGCUUAAUAGUGCUAUAGUCAAUUUAAACAAUUACGUAAAUAGUUCUACAGAAGAGUUGAACAGUGUGGCUAAUAUUGAAAAGGGUAUAUGUCAUAUCAUAGCCCAGAAAAUUGCAACGGAUUCUGAGGUUCUUUCAUUUCUGAGAGAUUUGUAA